AUGAGGGCCGGAUUAGUAGUUGGGUCGGUGACGACCAGCGAAUACCUGGUGUUGUAUGUUUUAUUUUGCAUUUUUGCCAGUCUGAUAUCGGGCCCAGUGGGGCGUUCCUCGCCGGUUCAGUGGAAAUGUUGUUUGGGUGGAUGGCUGGAACGCCGCGGCGCAGUGAAUACCGAGCACGAUGUAAAAAUUUCUAUGGGCUUAUUUCUGCCAUCGAAUACAGGAGGCAGCUCUAGUCCAAGGAGUAUUGCUGUAGAUAUUCCGCAACAGCUAGGCCGUCUGCCCUGGUUCUCAGGAAACCGGUUCUCAACUGGCACUAGAGGAGGAUCAUACGUAUUCUCAUGGACAGGAUCUGUCAGUUUUCAAUCCUGGCGCUACGGCUAA